UAUGAUUAAGUCCAUUACAGAAUUGUGCUAUCAUGAAUUAUCGAAAUUAAUGCAAUCUAAUCAAAGUUUAUAAAGCAAAUCGAAUAUUACUUAUAAUGUAGUUCUGUUGAUGACCUAUGGCAUAGUUAGUAAUGAUAUCUAAUUGCGUUACCAAAAUUUAUAAUAACAGAUGAAAAUUACUAGAAGUCAUAACAUCAACCUAGUAUUGGAAAAUACGAUGUUUCUUAUAAAGUUCUUGAUACUCAUCGUUAUUAAGUCAAUUAUUGUAGUCCUAGAAUUGAUCAUAAAUCAAUAUAUGAAAUGCCAAAAUUAUUCAUAAUUGAUCCUUUAAACAAUUAAAUCAAAUAAUAUUCUAUAAAGAUAGCAAUUAUCUUUGUAAAAUAAGUUAGUAGAGAAUAGAUGUAUUUAAUUAUAGAAUAGUUUAAAUUUGAUAAAAGUAUGCGUGCUUCAAUUAGAAGAAAAAUUACUUUAAUUUAAAAAAGAAGUUUACUUAAAUUUCCAUUUAUUGAGGUUAAAGAAAAUCUUUUAUUAUAAUUCAAAGUUCAUGUUUACUUUAUAACUAUGAAAAAAUUCAGCAAAUUAAUAGAUAAUUUCAGUAUUUAUUCAUUUCUUAUUCAAGCCAAAAAUAUGGUAUUAAAAAAUCAGCUUUAAGAUUUUAAAGCCCUUGA